AAACUAAGCAUCGUUCCACGUAAGCAUCGGAAUUUUUUAACACCAGCCUCUGAUCUAGAACAUUCAAUUACACUGAUUGACUAUAUCGCCAGUCACUAACACACUGGCUAUCAUGAAGAUUCUUGUUCUGGCAAUUCUAUCCUUAUGCUUGUACAACAUGGUCAUUGGAGUCAGUCAGAAAGCUAGUAAGAAAUUGUCUGAUUCUCAAAGUAUAGGGCAAUUUCAAAAAUCAGGGACAAUUGAGAUGAAAUCGCCAAAUCUAAAUGAUGAAGAGUUUCACUCCAGCCAUAUGCCUGAUCAUUUGAAAUGUGAUUCUUGCAGAGCUAUUUCUUAUCAGAUGCAGGAAUAUCUUUCCAAGAGGGAAUCGCAGAUCUCUGCAGUGAAAGAGGGGAAAACGAUACUGAGUGAAUCUGAUUACACUGACGCUUUGGAGAAGUGCUGCUCUCAAAGUUGGGAAAGGCAUGGUGUAAUAGAGGUGGAUGGUGUUAAGCGCCUGUCGGGCCCAGGCCUUGAAACAGAAGACUUUACAGGAGUGAUGAUGUUGAGUGGACCAUGGCCUGGAAGGUUGUUCAAAAUGUGCCAGGCUUACCUGGGAGAGUUUACUGAAGAGGAAAUUUACAAGGAGUACAGAAAUAACCGGGAUUAUUUAGAAGAUUUUCUCUGCUAUGGUGAAAAUGGAGCUUGCACCAAGCACACAAAGUUCCAAACACAGUUUAAGGAUGAAAUCUAAACAUUGAAGAUGGUACAUAUUGGGUAUGGGGUGCAGGUGGAUGAUUGGGAAAAGAUGAAGAGUGGCAGUGAAGGCAAUGUACAAGGAGUUUCCAUUUAUUAAAGUGGUGAAACUGAAAACGAUGAGUCAGGCACAAUUUACACCAAUCCAGAUCUUGUGAAAAGUCACAUAAUAAAUUCAUCCAUUCAGCAAAAUAUUAUUUAAAUUGAUUAUUAGUUUUGUUCUCAAAACUUCACAUUCCAUGGUAUUCUGGCAUACAAAUAUUUUGGAUGCACGUAAACCAAUUAUAUCCCAAAACAUACAGUCCAUGUUUAAAAUGGGCGAUUGAUUAUAUUGACCAAAAAGUGGAUAAAGUUAAUUAUUUGCAUUGAAGUUAAAUUCAGAGUUACCAGUUAUAGAGUUACCAGUAUAGCAUUUCCAUUCAUUAUGGGCAGAAACAACUGGAGACCGGUGUUUUAUUGGAAAUUGUUCCAAUGAUUGAUGUCAGAGCUGCAGUUUUUUUCUAUGUUCCAAAAUUCUGAAGCUGAAACAAAUGCAAAUAAACAUAUUUGUCUUAAUAUCAAA